AUAUCCACCCAGGCACAAGCCACACGCUUUCCUCGACGAAAAAUCCCCACCUCCACCUCCACCUCCACCUCAUCGCGGCCAUACGAAUCCGGCCGGCGCCAUCAGCUCCCCGCGACGCGCUGGCCGCUCCGGCCGCCGAGCCCUAGGCCGCCCGCCCGCUCGCCCGCCCACCGCGCCUCGCGGGAUCGCUCGCCGCAGCCGCGCGGCCACCCUGUCGCACCGCCGCUCGGAUCCGAGAUGGACUCACUACCCCUCACAGCUGAAGCUAUUGCUUUUACCGAGAAAAAGAUGGACAUGACUUUGGAGGAUAUAAUCAAGAUGUCAAAGAAAAAGAAUCCUGGAGGCAAGAAACCCCCUAGACAGCCGAUCAAAAAACGCCCAUUCCAGAAUGGCAACUCUAGUCAAGGGAAUGCCAAGGUCCAACGGUUUAUGGAAUCUAGAUCGACCAUUAGACAAGGUGUUCUUGCACAAAGGAGGUCAAAUCUUGGUGGAAAUCAGUUCCCUGUCACAAAGCAGGCUGCAAAGAAGGCUGCUGCCAUGCCAAUGCGCAACAAGGCUGGCAGAUGGAACAAGCCAAGGAAAGGAGAUGUGAUAAUCACUAGCAUCUUAUGCCACUGGUCAUCCAGAUGCUGGGAAGUUGUAUGCCUGAGAUGGAACUGUACGAGUACCUUAGUGCAGAGGAGGCCUGUAGGUGAUGCUUUUCAGAAUGGCAAGGCCAAAGAGACGCAGAACCAGGCAGCACCAAGGACAAUGGAUGCGCUCUUUGCACAAAUGAAGGCGCAACGCAUGAGGACCGUGCCACAGCAGCAGGCAAAUCCUGCCCCUGGGCAUCAGUUCAACCAGCAGCGACGUGUUCAGCAGCAGCAGAGGCGAGGCAGAGGAUAUAGUGGCCGUAAUGUUGGCAACCAAUGAAUUGAACUAGGCUUCAAGCAAGGUCUUCACUGGUUUCUUGGAAGAAAGGACGAACCCCCUGGAAAUCUAACUUGGUUGUGUUUGUUUCGCAUAUUUUAGUUAUCGGAAGCUUGUGGACAGAAAUUAAGUGAAGCUUGUAUGCAGUUUUCUAGUUGCUGCUUCCGUUUCAGCAUGUAUAAUGACCAACAUAAUGUAUGGAAAUUAUUUUGGUGCUAGACUGUCGAAUUUUGUUAGUUCAACUGAUUA